AUGGCUCGACUUAAUGAUUAUACGGCUCCUCCAGAAUCUAUUGAAGCCCUCAAACGAAGAUUUGUGCGACAAAAUAAGGAGAUUGCACGGGUCAACUCCAUGCAAUCCCUUCGAAUUCGAAGUCUGGAAUCCGAAGUUGCCCAUUUGCUUGCAGAAAACGUCUCGUUGCGACAACAGGUGAUCAAUGUCACUCAGGAGACCGAAAGGUUGGAGGCGGCGAAAAUGCUUCAUGCUGGGGUUUAUGAUAUCAAGGCCCGCCUUGAUACCAAGUUAGCAGAGCUCAAUGAUCUUGCAUCGGAGCUAGGCAUGCUUCCUCGCAAGGCUGGGAAGCUGGAUAAAUCCGACACAGAUCGUCCGAAAGCCGCGGGGUUGCGACCGCAACCUAUGGACCCGGAUUAUCCUGGAGUGGAGGAUGGAAGGUUACCUGCCAUUCUUGAAGACAAAUGCUACCCAAAGCGAACGCUAGAAGUGCAAGAAAUUCAAAAUCUCGUGCAGGCCGACUCAAGCCCCGCUCAACCUAUUUCUGAUUUCGAUCUAACACAGCAGCCCACUAUGGUAGACAGCCCAUCACCAAGUCCCCCCGAGGUUCAUGAAAUCCCACCUGAGACCCAACUGAACGACGUUUCCAUCCCUGAUCAAUUCCUUCCGUCUACGCUGGAAACACGCAAGAAAAAGAAGAAGGUCGACUUAGUAACUCCUAUGAAGGAAGAUUCCGUCCCGCGGGAACAGAAAGCCCCUGGGGUCAGCAUUAUACGGCCGGCGAAGUCAGGAUCCAAACGGAAAUUCAGUCCAGACGAGGAUGGAGCGUUAUUGUCCGGAGAUGGACUUCCAGAAUGCGACGAGUUUCAAUUCAGCCGACCUAGCCAGAGCCCCCGGAGGUCCACAGACUUCUUACAGGUGAUACGUGAAACUUCACCCACGAAAACUCCUGUCAGCAUUAAACGUGGAUCGGCCACUGGGACUAUGAAACGCAAAGUUCUUGAACCAAAGAGCUCCAAUGUCAGCUUAAGCUCGCCCAAGAAAGCUCGAGCAUCGUUGAAUCCGGACAAUAAGCUUUCGUUGCCAAUCGCCGGAAAUGAGAAUAUCGCGUCACCCCAGAAACCGAAAAUCCUCGAGAACCCCCGAGGCCGUAGCUUGAGCCAAGCCGCCCGUCGACCUCGUCAAACUCCUGAUUCUCAAAGAGACAGACGCUCCGAGUCCUUGAUGCAAUCCGGUCAACCGACACCCGUUCUGCUGAAGGAUUCUCCAAUAGUCCAAUCGGAUAUCAUGGCCAGUACUGCGGAUGCGGCUGCAACAUCUAGAACCUCGCGACGCCGGGGAGCAGUGGUCAGCUAUGCAGAGCCCAACCUGCGUGACAAGAUGCGCCGCCCAACGAAAGAGAUGAUUGAUGCGGUAGCAAGAGAUGGAUCUCGCAGAUCCUCAAGCUUUCUGCUUGGUCCAGAGAGCUUGGGUGAAGCGGGUGAUAUACCUCGGGGAGAAAAAUUAGCAACCAGCCCCUGCCCACAACCAACCAGAGUCUCCGUCAACCUAGAUUCCGCGCAAGAACUCAUUGAAAUGUCCUCUAGAGAUGAGGCAUCACAGAAACUGUUGGAAACAAUGUCUCGCCGAAGGCAAUCACGGCGGCAUUCUUCUAAUCCAAAAAGCACCAGCACUCGCGAUACAUCACCAACAAGGGAUGUCUCGGGAACCGAGGAGUCUCACUCUCCGCCAAGUGCAAGUUCGUCUUUCAUGCAAACGGAUGGCUCGCUAGAAAAUGAUGACUUGACUUGGAACAGUUCAGCCAUGGACAUUGGUCACCGCCGAGAGACUCGUGUGGCGGCUAGACGGAAAAGCAUGAUGGUUUAA